GUAAGCUUUCAGCCAAACUGGGUGCAGGAUGAAGAACUCCUGUACACUUCAGCGAACGCCAGAGGCGCCCAGUCUACAGUUUGACUCCAAAGCAUGAUCAUGGUCAAAGCAAGCCGCUAGAAGCGGCACUGUCAUCAAUAUUAGUCACCACACCCUCUUUUCUCAACGUCCAAGCCAUAAUGUCGGGAGCAGCAUCGUCCGGCUUUGCAUCGAAAUUCGCCAGCUUUAUGAAUCACCCUGCGGGGCCGAAGACCGUUUUCUUCUGGGCUCCCAUGAUGAAAUGGUGUCUGGUUGGCGCAGGACUGAAGGAUAUGGGCCGACCCGCCGAGAAACUCAGUCUUUCUCAGAAUCUCGUCAACUACAGCCUGGCAGCGCUGUUCAAGGUCAAUUUCUUUGUGGGCCUCUCUGGACUAACUCAGGUUGCACGGAUAGCCAACUACCGGUAUGGAUCGAAGCCAGCCGCGAUCCAGUAAGAAUGACCAGCUUGCAUAUUAUCUUACAUUUACUCGAUACAAAUACAUGUGCCCACAUUCCACACCUAGGCUGAGCGUGUCUUGGUCUUACCAGACCUUCCUUAGACUGCUUGAUGCUCUCCUCAUUGGAGUCAUCAGCCUUGAGAAAGCCCUUCGCUAAUUCCCACCACUUUCCUUUCACGGCGGAUCCAGCAGCAUCUAGCACACUUGCAAGGACAUCGCCUGCGUCGUCAUUGUCCGCGUUUUGUUCCCGCCAGUCCCGAUGGGUAUCCCAUGAUUCCCAUGGCUGCGGGCGUUGAGCUUUCGGCCUUGCCUUCCUUGUUUGCGAUCUGGAGCGUUUCCGCUUCGUGGUUGUGUCGCCGGAGAAAGAGUCAAGUAGAAGCCCACUAAGCGUCGCUGCCAACCCGUUUCCGCCGACGGCAUUCCCACCACCUUGCAUCAAUCCAACUCGUCCCUGCAAUCAAAGCCCCGAAGAUCGUCCCCCACUUGACAAAGAAGAUACUAGUGCGGAGCAUCCAUGUUGUGGUGCGGUAGAGGCUGAGGAUGGCCAAAUAAGAUGUGAAUAAGGCGAUAAGUGGUGGCAGCACAGUCUGUGCAUCCCAUUGGACGGGGUGUGUCGACAGUAAUGAAGUACGACAGAGUAAAGGGCCGUGCACACCGCAAGGAGAUGCGACAGUGAUGAGAGGAGGAACGAAUAUAUUGGCCCCGUAAAUGGUCCGAGAGAUAGUCGAGGAUUGGAUCCAGUGCUGCGGGCAACGGCAAAUCUGCGGGAGAAACCUGCAUGGUGCAGUCUGGACACAGUCCUAGACUCAAGACGUCACGGUAGAAAGGCGCGUUGCGAUGAAUGACACGUGCUUGAUUCUGGUGUGCCGCUGGCAGCUAUUGCGUCUGCCCUCACGUGACUUCGAUGUCAUACCUGUAUU